AUGCCGGCAAUUUGGAUCACACCGGACAUGCUUUCAGUGGUCAAGACAAGUUUUGCCGCUUUGCGGAGGAUUCGCAGACGGGUUGCUUGCAGCUGGCUCGAGUUCAGGACCUCCUCGACUUGCGAGAUGCAGGGCUGCACUUUUAUAGGCAAAGUGCUGCUGGCAGCCUUGGCUGUGCUCGCGGAUGUGUCGAUUGGGGAGCACCUGACGAAUGCAAGCUAUGCCGACGACGACAACCAGGCCCUCUUGCAAGCACGAGCGAAAACUGCAAACGGUUGUAGCAAUGACGUCGACCCGCCCUUGCUGGAGAUUAUUGCAGACUUCGCAGUGGCCAGCGACGCUGGGGAGUGCGGAGCCCAGGUGUUCUAUGCCUCUCCUCUCGCAACGGACUUGUGCGACCCGAAUCCAUUGGUUGUGCAAACCGGCGGCUUAAGCUCCGGUGCAACUUUCCCAGUGGGCGACACACAUGUGACCUUCACUGCGACCGAUGAUUCUAACAACACUGCAAGCGGUACCUUGACUGUUACGGUGGAAGACGCCGAGGACCCAGGGAUUUCGGGUCUUCCUGGUUCCAUGUCAGUAGACACCGACCCUGGACUUUGUACGGCCACGUUGACCUACAAUGCACCUACCGCGACAGACAACUGCCCGGGAGUGGCGAUUGAAAAGACCAGCGGACCCACCUCCGGCGCAAGUGUCCCAGUGGGCACCACCGGUGUGACCUUCACUGCGACCGAUGGUGCAGGCAACACUGCAACCGGUAGCUUCUUUGUUACUGUGGACGACUACGAGCACCCGGUGAUUUCGGGUCUGCCUGCUGACAUCACAGUGACCACCGACCCUGGACUUUGUGCGGCCAUCGUGACCUAUACUGCUCCUACUGCGACGGACAACUGCCCAGGAGUGCAAAUGCACUCGACCGGUCCCAGCUCCGGUGCAAGUUUCCCGGUGGGCAGCACUUAUGUGAACUUCACUGCGUUCGAUGCUGUUGGCAACAUUGAAAGCCAUAUCUUCAAAGUAACGGUGGAUGACGGUCUGCCUGUUUCCAUCAGAGUAGACACCGACCCUGGACUUUGUGCCGCCAUCGUGACGUACAAUGCUCCUACCGCGGCGGACAACUGUCCAGGAGAGGAAAUUGUGUUGACCAGCGGACCCAGCUCCGGUGCAAGUUUCCCAGUGGGUAUCACUGAUGUGAGCUUCACUGCGACCGAUGCUGCUGGCAACAAUGCAGGCGGCAGCUUCGUUGUUACGGUGCAUGACUACGAGCACCCGGUGAUUUCGGGUCUGCCUGCUGACAUCACAGUGAACACCGACCCUGGACUUUGUGCGGCCAUCGUGACCUAUACUGCUCCUACUGCGACGGACAACUGUCCAGGAGUGGAAAUGCACUCGACCGGUCCCAGCUCCGGUGCAAGUUUCCCGGUGGGCAGCACUUAUGUGAGCUUCACUGCGUUCGAUGCUGUUGGCAACAUUGAAAGCCAUACCUUCAAAGUAACGGUGGAUGACGUCGAGGAUCCAGUGAUUUCGGGUCUGCCUGUUUCCAUCAGAGUAGACACCGACCCUGGACUUUGUGCCGCCAUCGUGACGUACAAUGCUCCUACCGCGGCGGACAACUGUCCAGGAGAGGAAAUUGUGUUGACCAGCGGACCCAGCUCCGGUGCAAGUUUCCCAGUGGGUAUCACUGAUGUGAGCUUCACUGCGACCGAUGCUGCUGGCAACACUGCAGGCGGCAGCUUCGUUGUUACGGUGCAUGACUACGAGCACCCGGUGAUUUCGGGUCUGCCUGCUGACAUCACAGUGACCACCGACCCUGGACUUUGUGCGGCCAUCGUGACCUAUACUGCUCCUACUGCGACGGACAACUGUCCAGGAGUGGAAAUGCACUCGACCGGUCCCAGCUCCGGUGCAAGUUUCCCGGUGGGCAGCACUUAUGUGAACUUCACUGCGUUCGAUGCUGUUGGCAACAUUGAAAGCCAUAUCUUCAAAGUAACGGUGGAUGACGUCGAGGAUCCAGUGAUUUCGGGUCUGCCUGUUUCCAUCAGAGUAGACACCGACCCUGGACUUUGUGCCGCCAUCGUGACGUACAGUGCUCCUACCGCGGCGGACAACUGUCCAGGAGAGGAAAUUGUGUUGACCAGCGGACCCAGCUCCGGUGCAAGUUUCCCAGUGGGUAUCACUGAUGUGAGCUUCACUGCGACCGAUGCUGCUGGCAACACUGCAGGCGGGAGCUUCGUUGUUACGGUGCAUGACUACGAGCACCCGGUGAUUUCGGGUCUGCCUGCUGACAUCACAGUGACCACCGACCCUGGACUUUGUGCGGCCAUCGUGACCUAUACUGCUCCUACUGCGACGGACAACUGUCCAGGAGUGGAAAUGCACUCGACCGGUCCCAGCUCCGGUGCAAGUUUCCCGGUGGGCAGCACUUAUGUGAGCUUCACUGCGUUCGAUGCUGUUGGCAACAUUGAAAGCCAUAUCUUCAAAGUAACGGUGGAUGACGUCGAGGAUCCAGUGAUUUCGGGUCUGCCUGUUUCCAUCAAAGUAGACACCGACCCUGGACUUUGUGCCGCCAUCGUGACGUACAAUGCUCCUACCGCGGCGGACAACUGUCCAGGAGAGGAAAUUGUGCUGACCAGCGGACCCAGCUCCGGUGCAAGUUUCCCAGUGGGUAUCACUGAUGUGAGCUUCACUGCGACCGAUGCUGCUGGCAACAGUGACGUCGGCAGUUUCACUGUUACUGUCAGUGAUGUGGAGAAGCCGGUGAUUUCGGGUUUGCCUGGUAACAUCACACAGCCCAACGACCCUGGACAGUGUGGGGCCGUCGUGAGCUAUACUCCUACCGUGUCGGACAACUGUGAGAACCCAGUGCUAUCACAGGAUGUCGGCGUCGGACCCGGUAGUUUCCCGAUUGGCAGCACGACAGAGACCUGGAGUGCGACCGAUGCUUCUGGCAACACUGACACCGGCACUUUCACUGUUACGGUCAGUGACACUGAGAACCCAGUGAUUUCGGGUCUUCCUGGUCCCAUGUCAGUAGACACCGACCCUGGACUGUGCACGGCCACGUUGACCUACAAUGCUCCUACCGCGACAGACAACUGCCCGGGAGUGGCGAUUGAAAAGACCAGCGGACCCACCUCCGGCGCAAGUGUCCCAGUGGGCACCACCGGUGUGACCUUCACUGCGACCGAUGGUGCCGGCAACACUGCAACCGGUAGAUUCUUUGUUACGGUGGACGACUACGAGCACCCGGUGAUUUCGGGUCUGCCUGCAGACAUCACAGUGAACACCGACCCUGGACUUUGUGCGGCCAUCGUGACCUAUACUGCUCCUACUGCGACGGACAACUGCCCAGGAGUGCAAAUGCACUCGACCGGUCCCAGCUCCGGUGCAAGUUUCCCGGUGGGCAGCACUUAUGUGAGCUUCACUGCGUUCGAUGAUGUUGGCCGUUCCACCGCCGAUAGCUUCACUGUUACGGUGAAUGACGUCGAGGACCCAGUGAUUUCGGGUCUGCCUGUUUCCAUCACAGUCAACACGGACCCUGGACUUUGUUCGGCUAUCGUGACCUAUGCUGCUCCUACCGCGACAGACAACUGCCCGGCGAUUGAAAAGACCAGCGGACCCACCUCCGGCGCAAGUGUCCCAGUGGGCACCACGGAUGUGACCUUCACGGCGACCGAUGGUGCAGGCAACGCCGCAAGCGGCACUUUCACUGUUCAGGUCAAUGACAACGAUCCUCCAGCUCUCGAGGUUGAGGACAUCGACAUUGAGUCCUGCAGUCCGACAGCGGUCACAUUUUCUCCUACAGCAGCUGACAACUGCCAAGGUGUGACAGCGGCUUGCAGUCCGCAAUCGGGCUCAGAGUUCCCCGUCGGCGAGACGGAAGUGAGCUGCACUGCAGUCGACGCAGCGGGCAGCACCACUCAAAAGAGCUUCGUCGUUUUGGUGGAGUGUGUUGGCCAGGGCUACCCAAAGAAGUCCCACAGCAACAACAUCCGUAGCCGCAGAAACCGUCGCCGGAAGAAGUGGUUGCAAAGAAACCGCCGCUUGAAGAAGUGGUUGCACAGAAACCGUCGCUUGAGGAAGUGGCCGCGCUACUGGAAAUACUGGCAUCAUUAG